AGAACAUUAUGGUGUGGUGAUACGUGCGGAGGAACACCAUCGUGGUGGAGGGUUUGUCAUCAUCCAACGACGGUACAAGCACAGCAGCUCGCUGCCAGACACGUCCUCGGACCUUCAGGUUUCAACGGAGAACUUGUAAACACUCGCUUUGUUAUGGGAGGAGACUAUAAAUCGCUUCUCAUGAGGUCUUCUGUAUCUAUUUGCUAACGGAAACCUUUAAGGAAGGAAGAAUACGAAGGCUGCUUGAUCCGUGACUGUAAUAAUCCCUACCGAAGAAGUCUAUGUGCUCCCAGUUGUAAGCAGGCAUCAUGGAUGACGACCUGAUGUUCAGCAUGGAGGAGGAGGGCAGCGCCCAGAGACCCUCCGCUCAGAGAAACGGCAUCAAACACCGGGCUCACUCGCUCGGCGACGCCAACGCCAGCGACGACGAUGAAGACGAGGAACACUUCAUCUCGCCUAUCCUGUGCGACUCUGCUAAAGAAGUCUGCAACUACCUGAAAGAUCUGGUUUACACACGGCAGCUAUCAAACUCACUUCCAAAGAGCAACUUCCUAUACAGGCAUGAAAACGAGGCAGAGCAUCGAUCGUACACUGUAAUCUCUGAGAGCGCACGGGCGGCAUGGAUAAACGCCAUAGAGAAGGCCCGAGCCAUGCCCGACCCCUGGGCACAGUUCCAUCUGGAGGACAUCGAAACUGAACCCUGCGUUCGUUACAGGUACAGCGCGAUCACAGGAGAAUGGGCUCAAGACCAGAUCCACGUCAAGAUGGGGGCACAGCCCUUUGGGAAAGGAGCCAUGAGAGAGUGUUUCAGAGCCAAGAAGUUGUCCAACUUCUCACACAGCAGCAACUGGAAGUCGGCAUCCAACUAUGUUGCCAAGCGCUACAUGGAGACCGUGGACAGAGAGGUUUACUUUGAGGACGUCCGGCUGCAGAUGGAGGCCAAACUCUGGGGGGAGGAGUACAACCGCCACAGACCUCCCAAACAGGUGGACAUCAUGCAGAUGUGCGUGGUGGAGAUGAUGAACAGACCGGGAAAACCGCUCUUCCACCUGGAGCAUUACAUCGAAGGGAAGUACAUCAAGUACAACUCCAACUCGGGCUUCGUGAGGGACGACAACAUCCGACUGACUCCACAGGCCUUCAGUCACUUCACCUUCGAGCGCUCGGGCCACCAGCUGAUUGUGGUCGACAUCCAGGGAGUCGGCGAUCUCUACACAGACCCUCAGAUCCACACAGAGAAGGGGACGGAUUUCGGAGAUGGAAAUCUCGGUGUGCGGGGCAUGGCUCUGUUCUUCCAUUCCCACCUGUGCAACAAGAUCUGCAAGAGCAUGGGCCUGACGCCUUUCGAUCUUUCUGAGCCAGAGGCCUCCCAGCUGGACUGCACCAACAAACUUCUGAAGUUGGCCAAGACGGUCCUGAGGGGCUGCGAGGAGGUCUGCGGCUCGCCUCGCAUCCGCACCUUUUCCGCCAGCCGCGUCCCUCCACUGCUGUCCCGUCUGUCCGAGCCCUCGUCUGCGGACGAGAGCGCGAGUGACAUGGACUCCAUCCCCUGCUCGCCUCUCGCCCUCCCCUUCUCUCCCAUAGUGGCACCUGGAUCCAUGGGCAAAUCCUCUUCAGGCUUGUCUCUUUCUGGAAUGUACGAACACGACAGACUGAACAACAACACAGCUGAUCACAAGGACUCGGAGAGCAGCGGAGACAGCGGCUACCCGAGCGAGAGGAGGAGUGAAGGGGAUCCUAAUGAUCAUGUAGACGGGGUCCAUCACCGCUACAGACCUGUUUCUGAGUCGGAUGAUGACAGCAUCAGACGGAGGAAGAUGGUAGCUCCUUCGAGAGUCUCAGCGAAUUUAUACUCUGAAAGUCCCAGCAACGAAGGGCUGACGGAUGAGAAGUGGAGCUUCUUCCAUUCGUCUCGGGCCCACGUCCACCGACCUUCCUGCGUGGCCACCGAGGUGGAGCGCCUGAACGCUCUGCUGCAGAAGAAGAUCGGGCAGUCGAUCCUGGGAAAGGUCCACCUGGCCAUGGUGCGCUACCACGAAGCGGGCCGGUUCUGUGAGAAGGACGAACAGUGGGAUCAGGAUUCGGCCAUGUUCCACCUGGAGAGAGCCGCCCUGUGCGGAGAGCUGGAGGCCAUCGUAGCCUUAGGAAAAUGUUACCUGCAGCUGCCUCAUCACAUUCUCCCAGACAUGGAGGUGGAGGAUAACGCAGGAAACAGGAUGAAGGGGUUUAAGUAUCUGCUCCAGGCUGCUGAGGCGGGAGACAGAUCUUCUAUGAUCGUUGUGGCCAGAGCCUUCGAUACGGGAGCCGGUCUGUCUGCUGACAGAAAGCGGGACUGGGCUGAAGCGAUCCACUGGUACGACAGCGCCCUGAACAUGAUGGACUACGAUGAGGGCGGGGAGUUCGAUGGCACGCAGGACGAGCCGAGAUACUCGCUGCUGGCCAGAGAGGCGGAGAUGUUCCAAGAGGGCGGUUUCAACCUUACUGCAGAUCCACAGAAAGCAGGGGAUUUGUUUACGGAAGCCGCGGAGGCUGCGAUGGCGGCCAUGAAAGGUCGCCUGGCCAACCAGUACUACAUGAAAGCCGAAGAGGCCUGGGCACUGGUGGAGGAGUAAUGAUGGAGACGUUAUUGAUCCCCUUGAAGCCUGUGGGAGUGAACUUUUACACAUUCAGCAUUUUACCCUGAAUGAUUAUCGUUUACAUAUUUUUAUGACAGAAUUUGUGCUGUUAGCGGUUUUGAUUUGAGUCUGGUGAGCCAUUGACGAUCAGAUCUCCUUGUUUCUUUCUUUUUUCCUGAGGUUAAUCAUCCUGUCUUCCUUUUCCCUUUAAUUUCCUGCCCCUCAUUACAUUUUAUUUAAGUGUAAAUAAGAAAAAACUGAUAAAUCAGAACAAAGAAAAAUGUUUACUUAUUUUCCCCUUCUAAUGUUUAAAGAAUUUAUAAAGACAUGGAGUCUGAAAGUAUAAAAUAAAGUUUGCCUUGCUUUUUAUUCAUC